UCCCCCUCCGCGCUGAUUGGGCGCCCGGCCGCGCCGUGUCCGCCCUGCCGCUAUGUCAGCGCUCCCGCCGCAGCCCCUCUCCUUCCAGCCGCCCCGCGCCCCCGCCGCUCUCGCCGCGGGCCCCGCCGGGGACGGCCUCGGCACGGCACCUGUGAUGAUCAGCUGAGCGCGCUCCUCCGGCUCCCUCGGCAUCCUCUCCUCCUUCCUCCUCCUCCUCCUCCUCCUCCCGCCGCCGCCGCCCGGCGCCCCUCACCGCCGCGUCCCGCCGAGCCGCCCGCCCGUCCAAGCAUGUCCAAGCCCAGCGACCACAUCAAGCGCCCCAUGAACGCCUUUAUGGUGUGGUCCCGCGGCCAGCGGCGCAAGAUGGCCCAGGAGAACCCCAAGAUGCACAACUCGGAGAUCAGCAAGCGGCUGGGCGCGGAGUGGAAGCUGCUCUCCGAGGCGGAGAAGCGCCCCUACAUCGACGAGGCGAAGCGGCUGCGGGCGCAGCACAUGAAGGAGCAUCCCGACUACAAGUACCGGCCCCGCCGCAAGCCCAAGAACCUGCUCAAAAAGGACAGCCAGUUCAGCUCCAGCGCCAUUCAGAAGAUGACUGAGGUUCCUCACACCUUAGCCACCGGCACCCUGCCCUACGCCUCCACCUUGGGAUACCAGAACGGGGCGUUCGGCAGCUUGAGCUGCCCCAGCCAGCACACCCACACCCACCCCUCGCCCACCAACCCGGGCUACGUGGUGCCCUGUAACUGUACCGCCUGGUCGGCUUCCAGUUUGCAGCCCCCGGUUGCCUACAUACUGUUCCCAGGCAUGACCAAGACUGGGAUAGACCCCUAUUCUUCAGCGCACGCCACUGCCAUGUAACCCCCGCCCGACGCCCCCCCGGGCGGGCGUCCCCCAGCCCCGGCUGGAACCCUCCGUGUGCAUGUACAGAAACCCUCCGGAAGCGAAAGCCCACCCGAAAGAGGACUCGGACGCUGCCUCGGGGACUCGGAGAUGCUGUCCCCAAAGCCUCCCCCCGAGAGCCGGGCUCGGGGCGGGGGGAGGCGAUGCGAGCCCGGCGCUCGGCAGAGCUCUAAAUGUGUUUAAAAAACAACCGGCAAAAGCGAACCUCGAACUGCCCUUUCGGGACCGAGCGGGGGAGAAAAAGGAGAAAAAAAAAAAAAAAGGAGAGGGGUUUGGAUUUUUAUUUAUUCUCUUAACGCCUAUGAGUUCGCCGGGGUCUCGUGUCACUCGGACUUGACUUUGGGAAGUCUCGGUCUUACUAUGGUUUUUUUUGGUUUUGGUUUUCUUUUUUUUUAAUUUUUUUUUUUUUGGUUGUUUGUUUUCCUUUUGCACAUUAAAAGGCGAGAUCGGCUGUGUUAUAUAUAUAAAUAUAUAUAUAUAUUUUGCCACAACGCACUACUAGGUAAAAUUGCUUUUCAUGUCAGAAAAAGGCUCUUCAAAGUUAAAAAAAAAAAAAAAGGGGGGGAGGGAGGGGGAGAAACAUUUAUAUUUAAAACAUAUGAUAGUGUUUGCUUAAUUUAAAACAGAUAGUCCUUAAAUUUGUGUGAUCCAGUGAGACUAGAUCUAAGUUUACUUUAGACGGAGCGUCAGGUAUGAAGUCAGGCGGUAGAAUUGUAAAAAAUUAAUACUACUAAUAAUAAUAACGAAAAAUCGAAUAAAAACCGAUGGUAAUUUAAAUAUGUUUUCACAAUGUCUUGGGAAGAAGAAGGAAAAAAAAUAUAUAUUUACGUGCCCGGCAGGAUU